UGACACAUGGUCUACCUACACGUUAAGUUCAUGCCGUUUAGAGUUUAGGUCUUAAGUUACAAUUUAUAAGAUUAUAAGUAAUUCAUAAAUAAAAAAAUUCUUUCUGGUGAAUUUUUAGUGAACAGAAGGCAUAAAUGAAGCUUGCAGACGAUUCUGAACAUAUUAAUUUAAUAAUAAAUACAUACAUAACACUCAGUUUUAAAAAGCCAGACAGGUCAGUAGACUUAAGGAAAUUUGUGGAAGAAGUAUACUCUAUAUUUCAAACUAAUGACAUAAAAUAUUCCAAAACAGACAUCCUUACAACAUGGAAAGAUUUAGUAGAGGAUUAUUAUUACUACAAGAAAAACUUCACAAGUGAAUAUGCCAGUAAUGCAUGGAAUUUCUUUUCCUUGAUGGAUCGUUGUUUUGACCCCAAAGAUACAUCUAAAAAGUUUAAUUCUACUUUGACCUUUUACUUAAUUGAUUGUAUGAGUAACCAUAGAGAUGUUAUAGCGAAAAAAGGACUAACAUCAACUGUUUUAUCUAGUGUUGAAAAUGAUUUCAAAGAAUUGGGAAACAAUGAUAUAAAUCAAAGUGACAUUUAUAUUCAAUGGGAAAUUCUAAAACAGUCCUUUAGAGAGAGCAGGUUACUUAUAAAACAACGAUGUAGAAACAUUAAGUUAAACGAGUUUUAUGAUGCCAUGAGAAUAUUUUACCAAAGUCCAUCAUUUCAUGCUUCCAAAAACUAUAAUGGUCCUGUAAAGAGAAGAAACGGUGCAGAUCGGUGUGAAGGUAUUAGUAAAAAAAUGGAUGUAAAAAGUGAUGAUGUUGACAGACCUUUCAAUACAGAACUGAAGGAGCAGCUACUUAUCUAUAUUAAAAGUAAAAAGAAUAAACUUGGAUUCAACAAAGAACUGACACCAUCAUUUUCAAAUUACAUAGUUGAAGAAUUUAAAAAAAUUGGCUAUAAUUUUACUGCAGAGGCUAUUAAUAAUGAGUGGAAUGAUCUGUACUACAGGUAUGAAUUAUUAAAAUCAAGUGAAAAACCAUAUAACUGGAAAUUUUUCUCGGAAAUAAAUGAUAUAUGUAACCACACCGAAUCAGUGGUAGUAGAGAGUAUAGAAAACAGUACAUACCUUGAAAAACUUACAGCGAUGGAUGAUAAUAAUUGUUCUAAGAAAUACUCCGAUAUACCUGAAUUAAGAGAAUUGAUGCUCGAAAAUAAUUUGUCAGGCGAAGAAGUGACAUAUUUAUUAAACUCGAUUGAAACUUGAAUAGUUAGUGAUAAGUUUUCAGGAAAAUGAUGUCACAGUAGAAGAAAUUUAGUUUGCAUAAAUGAAUUUUGAAAGAUUUGUUUUUCAUAGGGCUAUGCCCAGAGUUUGUUUACAUUGAAAAUAAAGCAAUUUAUUUAUAA